UGUUAUUUUUAUGACCAACGUUGUUAAUAACAUGAUCAUGUUUUAUUAUUGAAAUUUAAAGGUGCAUUUAUUUCUAAUUUUUGCCCAACGGUAAUAUAGAUUUAAUUGCAUAGACAAUUAUAUGUUUAAUUUGACCAACGUUAGAUUAAUACAUAUGAUUGUUUUAUUGAUGUCACUUAAAUUGUAAUUUCAGAAGGCUUUCACUUGAUGAGUUUCCUAAAAGAAGUUCCGACACUCAGAGGUGACAACCACACUGAGUGGAGGAAGAAAGUUGAACUGGCGUUUGUUUGUGCUGAUCUUGACUGGGUUGUGGAGAAACCACAGCCGGUCAGACCCACAGAGCCAGUAAGAGAGGCUAGUGAUGAUGAUGCUGCAUGGGCUAAAAAGAAAGGGGACUAUGCUCUUUUGGAGCAGUCCUACCUCAUAGAUAAUCAAAAGUGGGUUAAUGCAAAUAAAAAAUGCAUGGCCUUUAUAAAGAACACCAUUGAGAGCGCCAUUGUGGGCUCCAUUGCAGAGUGCACUUCUGCAGGGGAGUUGCUCUCAAAGAUAAAGAGCCAGUUCACUGGCUCUUCAAAGAUAUAUGCCACCCAGGUGUUAGAGCAACUGGUGACAGAAAAAUACACAGGUGGUAGUCAUGGCAUAAGAGAGCACAUCCUCAGGAUGAGCAAUAUGGCAGCAAAGCUCAAACCCAUGGAUGCGGAUCUGGAGAUCAAACCAGCGCUCCUGGUCCACCUUGUCAUGGCUUCAUUGCCGAAGGAGUUUGAAGCUUUUGUUGUGAACUAUAAUAUGUCACCUGGAACAUGGGACGUUGAAAAGACAAUAGCAAUGUGUGUUCAAGAAGAGGAGAGACUCAAAGCCUCACAUGGUGGUACACUCAACUAUGUGCAGGGUCACAAAAGAAAGAAUUACAAUCUAAACAACAAAAGUUCUCCUUCAAAGCCACAAGGAAAAGUUUCCUAUCAGCAUCAGCGUCAGCAACAGCCUUUCUCAGUGGACAAAGACACUUGUCUCCACUGUAAGAAGACCGGGCAUUACAAGAAAGACUGUCCUGUUUGGCUAAAGUCGAUCAUGGCAAAAAGAGGGAUUCCAUUCGACGCGGACUACGCUAAGAAGCGAAAGAUGCAUUGAAGUGGCGAACGGAGUCGAAGCAGAAGUUGAAGCUGUCGGUGAUAUCUCCUUGGAGUUAGCUGAUGGAUUCAAUCUUCUACUUAGAGAUGUUUUAUUUGUUCCAUCAUGUCAUAGAAACUUAAUAAGUGUUUCUUGCUUGGACAAAGAUAAUUAUGAGUGUUAUUUUGGACAUGGCAAGUGUGCCAUUUGGUUAAAUAAUGCUUAUGUGGGUGAUGCUUUACUACAUGAUGAGCUUUAUUUGUUAUCACUUCGUGAAAAAGUUUAUUCCGUUUGCAAUGUGAAAGAACAUGUUUCCGCGUCGAAUAAAGAACAAAAGAAAAGAAAAAGAACAUUCGACUCAUCGAAAUUAUGGCACUGUCGCUUGGGCCAUAUUUCGAAGGGGAGAAUAGAAAGAUUAGUCAAAAGUGAAAUUCUUCCUCCGUUAGAAUUUUCAGACUUAGAACAAUGCAUAGAUUGCGUUAAAGGAAAGUACGUAAAACAAAUCAAAAAAGGUGCAAUCCAUAGCACAGGCACACUAGAAAUCAUUCACAUUGAUAUUUGUGGACCAUUUCCGGUGAAAAGUGUGGAUGGAUAUGACUCGUUCAUCACAUUCACAAAUGAUUACUCUCGUUAUGGUUAUAUUUAUCCAAUCAAAGAAAGAUCGGAAGCGUUGGAUAAAUUUAAAAUAUUCAAAGCUGAAGUUGAAAAUCAGCACGAUAAAAGAAUAAAGAUAGUAAGGUCCGACCGUGGGGGAGAGUACUACGGUCGACACACUCCAUAUGGCCAAGUCCCUGGACCUUUUGCGAAGUUCUUGCAGGAGACUGGCAUAGUAGCCCAGUAUUCAAUGCCGGGCGAGCCUCAGCAAAAUGGAGUAGCUGAAAGGCGCAACCGUACCCUUAUGGAUAUGGUGCGCAGCAUGAUGAGUUAUUCCAACUUGCCAUUGGGAUUAUGGAUGGAGGCGCUUAAAACCGCCAUUCACAUUCUCAAUAGAGUACCAAGCAAGUCGGUGCCCAAAACACCGUACGAGCUAUGGACAGGAAGGAUGCCCUCCCUACAACACUUCAGGGUGUGGGGGUGCCCUGCUGAGGCCAAAAUGUUUAAUCCAAACAUUGCAAAGUUAGAUCCCAAAACAGUAAGUUGUCACUUCAUUGGCUAUCCAGACAGAGCAAAAGGUUUUCGUUUCUACUGCCCUGACAGAUAUACAAAGUUUGUAGAAACGAGACAUGCAGUCUUCUUAGAGGACGAAAUGAUGAGGGGGAGCUUGGUAGCUCGGAAAAUUGAUCUUGAGGAGAAGAGGGUGCAUGCACCUAAUCCGAUGAUUCAGGAGCCAUUUUUCUCACUACCAGUUGCAACUCCACCCAUGA